AGUGGUUGAAGAGAUUUUACAAGAUGAAGUUCCUCAUUCUUGCUCUGGUGUGCCUCCAGCUUUCAGAGGGGAUUAUAAAAGUCCCCCUGAGGAGGUUUAAGUCCAUGAGAGAGGUGAUGAAAGACCAUGGCUUGAAGUCCCCAGUGGUAGAUCCUGCCACAAAAUAUUACAACCAAUAUACCACCGCUUUUGAGCCUUUGGCCAACUACAUGGAUAUGUCCUACUAUGGUGAGAUCAGCAUUGGAACCCCACCGCAGAACUUCCUGGUUCUGUUUGACACUGGAUCUUCCAACCUCUGGGUAGCUUCAACCUACUGUCAAAGCCAGGCCUGCACCAACCACCCACUAUUUAACCCUAGCCAGUCCUCAACCUACUCUUCAAACCAGCAACAAUUUUCCCUUCAGUAUGGAACCGGAAGCUUGACUGGAAUUCUGGGAUAUGAUACAGUGACUAUCCAAAAUAUUGCAAUUUCUCAGCAAGAAUUUGGGUUAAGCGUGACUGAGCCUGGAACCAACUUUGUCUAUGCCCAAUUUGAUGGUAUUUUGGGUCUGGCUUACCCAUCUAUUGCUGUUGGAGGAGCUACCACCGUGAUGCAGGGGAUGUUGCAACAAAAUCUUCUGGACCAGCCUAUUUUUGCAUUCUACCUAAGCGGCCAAGAGAACUCUCAGAAUGGUGGGGAAGUUGCCUUUGGUGGCGUUGACCAAAACUACUACUCAGGACAAAUUUACUGGACCCCUGUUACUUCAGAGACCUACUGGCAGAUUGGAAUUCAAGGGUUCUCCGUUGGUGGACAGGCUACUGGAUGGUGCAGUCAAGGAUGCCAGGGUAUUGUAGACACUGGAACCUCCCUGUUAACAGCUCCUCAGCAAGUCUUCUCCUCCCUUAUGCAGAGUAUUGGCGCCCAACAGGACCAGAAUGGACAAUAUGUAGUCAACUGUGGUUCCAUCUCAAGUCUGCCUACAAUCAGCUUUACUAUCAGUGGAGUAUCCUUUCCUCUGCCUCCAUCUGCCUAUGUUCUGCAGCAAAACAGUGGAUAUUGCAGCAUUGGCAUUAUGCCAACCUACCUGCCUUCCCAGAAUGGUCAGCCUCUCUGGAUUUUGGGUGAUGUCUUCCUUCGACAGUACUAUUCUGUCUAUGAUCUGGGCAACAACCAAGUGGGCUUUGCUAGUGCUGCCUAAAACAUACUUUCCUUUGAACGUCUAGCAAUGAAAAACAAAUCAUAAAUUGUCAUAUUUUCACAAUUUUUCAAAUUUCCUUUUAUCUUACUCAUUCAAUAAAGAAAUAUCUGGAUAAAUA